UGAAAAUAGCACUGUAUUAAAGAAUUGUAGCAAAAAAGAGGAAUGCCUGUUAACACUGAAGUAUGCGGGAGAUGGAAACAGAACAUACAUUUGCAACGCUCGAAAACAAAAGGAAUUUUUAAUGAAUCAUUAACAGUUUCAAGCUCAGAGACAGAAGGUAAUCAAUCCAAUGAAAAGGACAUUCAGACAUUUUCCUCUACAUUCCGAUUUCCGUUCGUCGAUGUACUUAUUGGAACAGGCGUUUUUGGUGUACUCUGCAUCCUGUCUCUUAUCGGAAGAUGUAUAUUUCUAAAACGGAGAAAGGCCAACGUAAUAAGCACAAUAGAAAUUGUUGAAAAUCCCAGUGACACUUCGGACGAUGGUGUGCUACACAUAACAACGGGAGGAGUCCAGUACGCAGUCGUGCACAGGCAGGCGGACGCACAGAGGACUGAAACACUGCCGCACGAUGAAGCCGGCUUAACGUACGCCGAUUUGGACAUCGAAUUCAUUCCUACAGGAAGCUAA